AUGUAUUGGGAGUGCCAACACUACCUCUUCGAGCUAGACCAAGGCUUCUGCCAAGAUCAAUACGAUCAACUAUUCCGUAUCAAUGACCCUAAUCAGCGAAACCUCUACGCUCUUCCAUGGGAUCCAAAACCAAACUGCUCCCCUCGUGUCAUUGUGCAGGACGGACAACCGCUCUUUCUGGUGAAUAACCAGUUUGCUGAUACGAAUAUCAUUCAGUGGAUUGGUGUCCUCGGUGUGCUCCCUCUGCAAACUUGA